CCUAUCUCUUGUAGAUAAAUAAGGAAGGGCGCUCUCGCUUCUCCUUCUUUUACCUUUGUCGUAUUCUGUUGGCGUCUUAUAUUGUUCCUCUACUCUCCCACUCUUUGCCCCUCUCACGUGACCUCAACAUGGCAGAAUUGCAAGGCAGGCUUAAACUACUUCGAAAACUUGCAGAAUCUCGAGGCUUCACAGAGUCUUACCAAGAAGAACAAAUAAUUCAAGGAAAUGUCGUCUGUCACAAGAAAAGAUCUCCUGCCACUGAUGAGAGAUAUGCACGGGCACUUGAUCACUGGAAACUAUGGAUGCUGUCCAAGGGCCUACCCGAAGAUCAAUACUUUAAAGUCGAUGACCCUCACCCACCUAUACAGAUACUUAAACUUUUCGCUGAGAGCUUUAUUGUCCUUCGUGAGGGUCCUUUACCAAGUCAGCAUACUGUCGUUCAUACUCUUUCCUGCUUCAUGAGUGAGUGGGAGAGAAUAACGUCCAAAAGGGUCCCGAAAAUUAACAAGAAUGAUGUCUAUAAUCAUAUCAAAAAUGUGCUCACUCCCAAGUACGGGCUUUCUACUCAACACCGAGAAAGAUUCCCCGUAACCAAACUCGACCUUGACAUUCUGCUUAGACAUUUAUAUGAAAAGGAUGAUCAUGAUUAUAUUCAUGAACGGUCCAGAUUUCAGGACGCAUUUGGCCUUGCAUUGUUCGCCUCAUCGGGCGCUAGAGCUGGGGCUAUUGUUGAGUCUAGUUCGUACAGAAACUCAAACGAAGCUCUUUAUUAUGAGCAUCUCUCAUUGAACUUGAGAUGGGAUGCUUCGCAGCAGAGGGUCAAAUAUUGGGUCACGCUGAACCCAGAGUUUCUCAAAGGCAAUCGCUAUAAUGAUGAGGCAAUUAUUCCGAAAAAUUGGAUUAGCGAGCAGAGAAAUCUGGGAAGAAAUUUUGUAUUCUGGCUUAUGGUGUGUGGGAUUGCCGACAAUGCUUUCAAGGGAAUUGUGACUCUAGAUGAACUGCUAGAGAAAAUCCCACCCAAAGGGCGUGAAUCAUGGACCCUUGAGUGGAAGGAAGGCGCUCUCAGAUUACCAGUAUUUCGCAAGGUGACAGCUUCUGGGCCGGAUCCGUCCCGAGCGUUAACCUUUUCUUCCUUGCGAAACGACUACAGUUCUCUAGCGAAAAGAGCUUAUUUUCGAGAUUCCCUAAGAGUCCAUGGAAUACGAGGGGCUGUUGCAAAUGCGGUUGAUCCAAAGGCCUCAAAAGCGGCGCGCACGCAAGCCUUGGAUCAUCAAAACCCAGACACCUUCAAAAAGUAUCAAUCCAAAGUCAAACAACUUGACCUUGGUGCCUGCUUUUGGAAUGAGGAACCUGAUCAUGAGUCCCAUGCGAUAGAAGAGAGCAUGAUUCAUCAUCGGGAUCCCAAUGUCCCUCAGAAGCUUGAUGCUGCGACAGUGGUCGAAGUUGAGAAUGAUCCAAGAAUGAUGGGCGUAUAUCAGCAAGUCGAUAUAUUGAACCGCAAAAUUGCUGGGGAUCCGGAUAAGCAUGAGGACUUGGUGGCUGAGCGGGCCAAGUUGUAUAACAAAGCGGCUAAAUUACGUCGCGCGAAGAAGGGAGAGUUCAUCGAAAAUUGGUGGAAGUCAUCCUAUGAUGAAUAUAUCUUGGGGAACGAAUUCACUGAACGAGAUACAACCGACGUUUUCGACAUCUGCCGCAAAUAUAUGCCGGAGAGAGCCCGACUCCGGGAAAACCUUUUUCAAGAAGUACCGAUUCACAGCGAACUUGGAAGGCAAUGCCUACAUGAUAUGCUAAAUCUCAUCAAAUCAGAAGAGAGAGUGGCCUAUUACCCAGGUGAAUCACCUGUUGAUGGGAAAUGCCCGCUAUGCUCCAAAGAAAUGGCUAGCAUCGAUAUCCAAUGUCGCUCAAAACAUGUCCUGCAAUGCAGAAGAAAAUCAUUCAACGCCGCGCCAUAUCAGCAGAGGUAUAAGAAUGGCAAAAGAGCUCAUCGACGGGUCCAUACCACUUUUCUCGAGUGGUGCUAUUUAUGUGCUAAGUGGUUCCAUACCGUUGAAGAAUGGAAAGCACACUGUGAAUCCCAUCUCGCUUCUCUACAGCCACGUUGUGGACUUCUAACCUUUCGUUUUACCCUGGUCGCUCCUGGAUUUUGUCCCUUCUGUUUGGGUGAUGAUGCCAAGCAGCCCGACGAACGGUUCCAACAGUGGCGAACAAAGGUUACUUUGUUAACCCAUAUCAAUAGUCACCUGGAGAAGAUGGAUCCAACAAGUCCAGUUCAAUGUCCGCAUCCCUGUUGUGAGGCCAGAUGGUACGGUGAUAAUGUGAAACUCCGUCACCACUUUUUUAAUGCCCACUCCAUUGAGGAACCACGCCGAAAUUGCAUCUCAACCAAACGGAAGUGGCUUUGUGAUGAUGAGGGGAAAGUAGAUCCGGAAUGCCCUAAGAUGAGUAGGCUGGAAUAGUUUUAAAUACACGUUGUAUUGUUAUUGUAUUUCUCUCCUCUUUCAAUUAGUCUCUCUUGUACUCUGGUGACCCAAAGAAUGAACACCGUGAUCACACAGCUCGGAAGCUCAGAUCCAUAGCCAUAUUCGUCUUGUGCGUCGCUUCAAUAUCCCCACGGCCUAGUAGCCUGCCGUCCAGAAGCUUUCCAAUAUGGGUCUUAUUGAUUUUCCUCUCCAUCAUUUCUAAUCUGAGAGAUGAGUAGCUUGAAAAACUUCAGAGGUUGUUUAUUUCCAGCCGUUAUAAAUCCAUCUGCGGCGAAGACCAGACCAUCUUUAGUGGUAACGGGCGCCAUGCGGAGGGGGUCGCAUAUUUCUUGGUACUCCUCAUAGGAUGAUAUGUACAGCUGACCUGCAAACAGGUUGAGCUGCACCAUCACAGCAGUCGAGAUCUCCAUAUCCCUCGAACUUGUGGGGAUAUCGUAUAGGUUAAGCUUCUCAACGGGCGAGAAGCCCUGAUUUCGGCGCGGCGCGUAUAAGUGCAUCGAGACAUGUCUAGCGUCCAAAAGCUUGGAAUGAAGUGCGUUCGCCUCAUAAGGGCUUGUACGCAAGUCGACAUUUGGGGACUCGCGGCACCUGGCAAGGAUGCGGCGGAUAUUUUCGGUUUGACUGACAUCAAUUGGACUGGGUUGGAUAGUCUGAGGCCCUCCAAUUUUGGGGCUGUAAAGUCGGUGUCCAUCUGCACGUUUCGUCCUCGGGCAUUCUGCUCUAGCCUCCAUCCGGUGGCCUCCUUCGUAGCCUUGUCCGCUAGUUCAUUGCCUUCAAUCCCGUGAUGCGCCGAGAUCCAGUGUAUGACUACACGGAUGUUUCAUCUCCGGAGGCUAUCUCAUUCCUGGAUAAUCGGACUGAUGAUCUGCUGUCCCGUGGUG